AUGAAACUCAGUAUCUUAUUACUCAUUGCAGGAGCUCUUCUGGCUCCUAUCAAGAGCGAUGUAACUCUUCAAGGUAGCCUCCAUGACUCAGGUAUCACUUUAAAGAGCGGCAUUGGCGCAUCUCCUGAAGAUAGCAGUACAACAAACGAUGUUAGCUCUUUAUUGGAUAAGCUCGAUGGUCUCAAGCUGAACUUAGAUGGUGCAGAUGUACAAGGCCUGCUCAGUGGCCUUCUUGGUAAAGUAGGAAGUACUGUUGAUGAUCUUCUUAAUGAAGUUCAAGCCGCCUUAGGUAAUGUCGCUGGUUCUACUGCUCAAGUUAAGCGUGACACCGCAACAAGUGAUGUUAGCUCUUUAUUGGAUAAGCUCGAUGAUCUCAAGCUGAACUUAGGUGGUGCAGAUGUACAAGGUUUGCUCAGUGGCCUUCUUGGUAAAGUAGGAAGUACCGUUGAUGAUCUUCUUAAUGAAGUUCAAGCUGCCUUAGGUAAUGCUGCUGGUUCUGUCACACAAUGA